UUUCCUCACCUGGAAGUAAAAUAGGGGUAAAGGUACUCGUACAAAAAAAGAAAAGAAAGCAGAGAAAAUGGUCACUCGAUCGGGUCUAGGGUUUCAAAGCCUUCUUAUUUCUUGAUUCCCCGAGUUCAAUAUCUAAAGUCUUCCAUGGGCAUCUUUCCACACCCUAUAACAACUCGUGAAUCACUAGUCUGGAACAGCUCUGUUCCAUCUCCUUCUGAAGGUUAGUGUUCUUUCUGGUCCCCUGCAUCUCUUUUGGAUGGAAUAGAGAAACCCUAAUUCACUUGUUUACAGUUUACGGAUUCAGGUGUCCCGUUUUAUGCGGUGGAUGGUCUCCUAUUUCAUCGAGGAAGAGGUACUGAAAACAAUUAGUUCGUGACUUUGUAUCUUGAUUGAUUGAUUGAUUUUGAACCAUUGGGAGAGUCCUAAUGCCAGAGGAGGAGGACCUGGUCGAGCUUAAGUUCCGUCUGUACGAUGGUACAGACAUCGGACCGAUCCGGUAUUCCUCAACCUCGACUGUUGCCAUGCUCAAGGAAAGAAUCAUCGCCGAAUGGCCGAAAGAUAAAAAAAUUGUACCGAAAGCGGCAAAUGAUGUCAAACUGAUAAGUGCUGGAAAAAUCCUGGAAAACAACAAGACUGUUGGUCAAUGUAGAAUACCCUUUGGUGAGCUCCCAGGAGGAGUCAUCACUAUGCAUGUUGUUGUUCAGCCAUCUCUAGCAAAAACAAAAACAGGUAAAAAGAAGGUUGAUGAUUCCCCUAGGAAAAAUGUCUGCACUUGCUCCAUAUUGUAAGAGCAAUAAUGUGAUUGGUGGAUGCAAAGUUGAGCUGCCUGUACUGGGUCCAUUUCCUGGGCCAUGAGUUGCUGGAAAGACACCCUUUGAACAAUGUCUCGACUGGGGUGUCAAAAUCGUUGGAAGGAUGUUCAUAUGAUGUUGUUGUAUACAUAGUGGUUGUUUAUGUACUUAGCUACCUGUUCUCUUAAUUAGUAAGAUUGGGGUUGAUAAUAUGUGGUGGGCCAUGUCAACACAUUCCUGGUAUUUUGAAAUUAUUAUUUCUUGUUUUUUUUUUCCCCCCUUUAUUAAUUUUUUUUGGGGGUUUGGGGAGGUUGUUAUGUUGUGAAUUAUGUUGGUGUGAAGAGAUGUUGAGUCUCCCCAUCGUCCAUGUUAAUUUUUUUUAUUUCAAUGAAUCAGGAACCGAAUAUGUGCAGUUGAA